ACGCUCCUUUUGUAAUCCCUGUUCUAAACCCUAGCCUCUCCAUCCUUCCUCUUUCGCCGCCGCUUCUCAUCGUGCCCUGAAACCUUCCUUCCCCUUUGUUGUUCUACUUCAUCAUCUUUCUUUUAUUCUCGGUGAACUAUGACAUCUCUUCAAAUCACUGACCUUUAUCUUCAAGUAACAACCAUUAUCUAAUCGAUUCACACAAAAACCCUAACCUCUUCAUUUAAAUGCAACUCUUUACCCUUCUAAUCAGCGGCUAUGUACAAUCUGUUCCGAAUCAAACUCCAAUUUCUUCAUGUCAAGGAAAAUCGUUUUUUUUCUCCGGAUAGUAUGACUUCGCUUCCAUGGGAUGAUCGGAAAUCGAAAUCGGUGGCUAGGAUGAAAAGAGCGAAGGGAAUUUGGCGAUUUCGAAGAACAGUUCACGGUAUCUCUUACAUCAACGCUGAAAGAUGCGAAGAUAAUACUGGGUUCUUCUCUUCAAUGGCUCGUAGAAAAAUCUUACAGGAGAUGGGCUUUGAUUUCACAGUUAUGGCUGCAGACAUUGAUGAGAUGAGUAUCAGGAGGGAAAUCUCUAACCCAGAAGUUACUCGAGAAAUCCCUCCAGUCUUAGCUGCCAGCCAGAGUGCAAGACUUUUAAACUCUCCGUAUUCGAAUAGCCACAUCUAUUCUAAGGUGGUCAUGGAAUAUGAAUAAUACCAUCUAAUUCAUUCACUUAUGAUUUUGCAUUGUGCUUGCCAAAAUUUGUUGCAUUAAUCAUAUCUACUGACUACAUAUCAAAGAUUUUAAGAAUGGUCCAUUAUUUUCUUAAAAGGCAUAUUAUUUUUA